AUGCAACUCUCUGAGGAUGAUAAUGUGAUAUCACAAGAAGAAGAGCAAGUUGCUGCUCAUCUCAUUGAAUUGGGGAAUUUAUCUGUUGAAGAGAAACGCUUGUUGGACCAGCCCCUUAUCGAUCAGACUCAAGAUCUUGUUCAACCUAAUUCAAUCAUGGAAGAAGAGGAGAAUAUUGCUGAAAUUACUCAAUCGCCUGUUCGUCAACAGGAAUCAGAUGUGCUGGAAACUCCUGUUCUAGAAGCAAAGCAAUCUCUAGUGAAAGAGGCUGAGGCUGAUCAGCCUAUUGCAGCACAAAUUAAGGUGGAACCCACGAAAGGAGACGAAUCUGAUAAGAUUCCUUCAACUGAGGGGGAACAAGCUAAUAACGAAAAUUCGUCGGAAGGAAUACCAUUAGAAGAAUGCUUCGUUCCUUGCUCACCAUCUCCUCGAUCCUCUCAUAUUAAGACACUGGGGGAAGAUAGUUCAAGAGGCGGUAGUUCAAGAGGAGGUGCUUCGAGAGGCACCAGAUCUAAAAGAAAAGCUAUUGAUGAAGAAAUAUAUAGACUAGUCAAAAGAGGUGGAGGUCGCGGUGGUGACCGAGGUGGUGGAAGUGGUGGAAGUGGUGGUCGUGCUCUCGUCUCUCGCUUUCAAAAUCUAUUGACUGGUGAAGGGUUUGCUGAUCCAAACGUGAAAAGGGAAGGAUCAUAA